UACUCAGGUGAAGAGCUGGACGACUUGAACGUGAUUCUUCAUUCAAAACGUCUUCAAGCCAUUGUCAUACCCAAAGUCCAAAGCGCAAAGGAUAUCCAGUUUGUGAGUCGUAUGAUUGAUGCGGUGGCAGUGGAAUCUCAACGCGAUCGCAUUCGAUUGAUCGCAUCAGUAGAAAGCGCACUUGGUAUUAUGAACCUUCGAGAAAUAGCAACAGCUGAUCCACGGUUGGAUGCAAUGAUUUUCGCCGCGGAGGACUAUUGCGCUGAUAUAGGAAUGAUUCGCACAUCGACUCGCCAGGAAAUGCUGUUUGCACGACAAAUGAUGGUCACGGCAGCAUCCGCUUAUGGAUUGCAGGCAAUUGAUUUGGUGUGCGUUGAUUAUCAGAACGAAGAUGUCCUGAUCAAAGAAUGUCAAGAAGGACGAGAGUUUGGUUUUGCUGGAAAGCAAGCAAUUCAUCCUUCACAAAUCGAAAUCAUUCAAAAGAUGUUUCUGCCCGAUGCUGCCGAUUUGGAGAGAGCCGUCAAAAUCUUGCACGGUUAUGAGCACUACUCCCAAAAAGGUGUUGGUGCAUUCAGCUUGGAUGGAAAAAUGAUUGAUAUGCCGGUUGUGAAAUGGGCGCAAAAGAUCGUAAGCAAAGCCGAAGCCGGCGGUAUGCCACUACCAGAUGUAGAUGGCAAAGAUACGGUAGAAAAGAAAACGAAAUAAGAUCGCAUCACAUUUGUAAUUGAAGAAAAUAUCACCUUUUGAAAUGCAAUACAUCACAGUUGUACCGGCUUGAAUAGAAAAUGGUUACCAGACAUUUAAGAUGGGCAAUGGGCCAUAUAACCCAAGGGUGAUAUGCAAUCUUGAUUUUUGUUGAGACCCUGUUGAAAGCAUGAUAAUUGCCGCGUCGUUUUACAGAAUAGGAAGGAUAAAAUUAACAAUCACCCCUUUUGAGCUAUUGGAGCCUCCUCUUGUUCACUCGCUCACCCCCUCCUCACAGGCUGUAUCAAAGCUUCUGUUUAUAUUGAGGGAGAUCAUCCAUGACCGACUUAUAUAAAGACCAU